AGCAGUAACUCCACAACUUCUGCCUCCAAGAUGGCGGCACCCUUAAUUGAAACAUGCCAUGUAGCCUGUUGUGCAAACAGAACCCCAAACGUUGUUUCUUGGGGCCGAGGGGGGCUUAUUGCCUUCGGGACAUGCCACUCCGUGGCUCUGUACAACCCACAGGAGAGGAAAGUUGUCGCUCUCCUGAAUGGACACACAGACAGAGUGAAUGCAGUCCAGUGGGUUCACAAAAAGGACAAUGGGCCAGAGCGUCAUCUUGUCUCUGGAGGCUCAGACAAUCAGCUCAUCCUGUGGGAAGCUCAAGAUGGAAAGGGCUGCUCCCAGUUUGUCCAGUUAGUGGCGUGCAAGGGCCAUAAUGGUCCCAUCUGUGCUGUGGAUGCCAUCUACAUCCAGGACUCGGAGAUCCUGGUGGCGUCCUCUGCAUCAGACUCCACAGUUAGACUAUGGCUCUGCAAUGGCACCAAAGAAGCUGAGUGCCUCCAUAGCCUAUCAUUUGGCAGUGGUUUCAUGAUGGAUGUCUCUCUGGCGCUGUUACCGGGCACCAAAGUUCCCAUACUGGCCUGUGGAGGUGACGACUCCCGGGUGCACCUGUACACUCGGACCAACGGGCAGCUGCAGAAAGCCAUGUCUCUGCAAGGACACGAGGACUGGAUUCGUGGAGUGGAAUGGGCGUCUACAAGUGGGGAGCUGUUAUUAGCCAGCUGUUCGCAGGACUCUCUCAUCCGAGUGUGGAGGCUCUGUGCCAAGUCUGGCUCAGACCCAGAGGACGACCCGGCCGUCAUCAGAGUGAAAGAGGACGUUUUUGAAGUGAAGGAGAAGGAAGCUUCCUCAGUGUUUGCUGUGUCCCUCGAAACGGUCCUGGCAGGCCACGAAAACUGGGUCUACGGAGUUCACUGGCAGCCUCCCGCCUACAAAGAUGGCGAGCUGCGACAGCCCGUCGGCCUGCUCUCUGCCUCCAUGGACAAAACCAUGAUCGUCUGGGCUCCCGAGGAGGGAUCUGGCGUCUGGGUGGAGCAGGUGCGCGUCGGGGAGGUGGGAGGCAACACUCUGGGCUUCUACGGCUGCCAGAUGAGUCCAGAUGGUUCCAUGAUUGUGGCUCACGCUUUUCAUGGAGCGCUACAUCUCUGGUGCAAGGACAAAGACAAAGAGGGAGAGUGGAGACCAGGAGUUGUGAUAUCGGGUCACUUUGAUGCGGUCCAGGACCUGAGCUGGGACCCUGAGGGCGAGUUCAUCCUCAGCGUGGGCUCGGACCAGACCACCAGACUGUUCACUCCAUGGAGGAAGCAGGGCGGUAAACAGGCGACCUGGCAUGAAAUCUCCCGGCCGCAGAUCCACGGAUACGACAUGCAGUGCCUGACUAUGGUUGGAAGGUUUCAGUUCGUGUCGGGAGCCGACGAGAAGGUCUUGAGAGUGUUUCAAGCUCCCCGGAAUUUUGUGGAGAACUUUGCCAACAUAUCCGGGAUCUCAAAAGAGAAGCUGCUGGCUUCCAGUGACUCUGCAAACCUUCCAGAAGGAGCCAGCACGCCUGCCUUGGGCCUGUCCAACAAGGCUGUAUUUCAAGGUGACCUUGUCCCCAAAACCAAUGAAGAAGAGAGACAUUUCAGCAGCGUGUCGGACCAGUACCAGGAAUCCUAUUUUCUCCCGCUCAACCUGACAGAGCCACCACCGGAGGAUCAUCUUCUCCAGAACACACUUUGGCCGGAGGUUCAGAAACUGUACGGCCACGGCUUCGAGAUGUUCUGCCUCGCGUCGGACAGCGCCAGGACCGUGGUGGCGUCCGCGUGCAAGGCGUCUAAAGCCGAGCACGCAGCCGUGCUGCUGUGGAGCACGGCGACCUGGCGUCAGCUGCAGACGCUGCCCUGCCACACGCUCACCGUCACCCAGAUGGCCUUCUCACCCGACGCACAGCUGCUAUUGGCCGUUUCCCGGGAUCGCAGCUGGUCACUGUGGAGGCGCAACCCACCCACCGAGGAAUGUCCAGAGCCCCAGUUCUCCCUGCACGCACACACCGCCAAGGACACGGCCGUCCACAGCCGAAUCAUCUGGUCAUGUGACUGGAGCCCCGACAGCAAGUACUUUGUGACAUCCAGCCGGGACAAGAGGGUGAUCGUGUGGGGCCCGUGCAGGCCGGAGUGCUCUGAAGAGCCGGCGCUUCCUCUGGAGAUUAAACCGUGUUCAUCCAUUUUGGAUGUGGGCGAUUCGGCUACAGCUGUAGCUUUCUGCCCUGUUUUCUGCUCCGAUAACAGUUACCUGCUGGCCGUUGGCCUGGAGAGUGGACGCAUCCUGCUGUACCGGUGGAGCCCUGGACAGGAGUCGGCUGGAGGAGGGGACUGGAUCCGCUGCGGUCAGACCGACGCCUCACAAAGCCACACGCUGGCAGUGAAGAGGCUCCGCUGGAGGCCCAGGGCCGGCCGAGCAGGCGCAGAGGGCAGUAAGAGAGCAGGACAGGGCCACGGAGGGGGGGGAGAGGAGGGGGAGGAAGAGGAGGAGGAGGAAGAAGGCUGCUGGCUCCAGCUGGCCAGCGCCAGUGCCGACCGCGCCGUCAAAAUCUUCAGCGUCAACAAACGGGCUCUUUAG